AUGUUACGAAUUAAUGCGCGUGCUGCGAUACUCACAUCAAUAGUCGCUUUGGUGCUUGUUCUUCUCUUUGUCGCACAAUGGAAGCACGAGGAGAUCAGUGCAUGGCGUGGUCCUCAUGCUGAUGCCUCGCCGGAUACCAACUACCAGGACACCAAGCUGGACGAAGUCCCCGAGUUCAAGGAUGAUGCCGCUCCUUCCACCGCUCCUGUCGUGCCCGACUUCUCAGCUGCAAACUCGACUCUGGGUUUUCAAGCAAUCCUCGCACUAUCCCAAGGAACCAAAUGGCGUGUCGACGGCCUGCACGCCGCAGCAAAAGUCGCCGGCAUCACCGUAACAGUCCCGCAACAACCCAAAUGGAGCGAACCCUUCAUCCAAGCAUUCAAAGAAUUCGGUCCCGUCGAAGCCCACGGCGCAGCAAUGGCAUGGCUAGGCCACCUCGACCUCCUCAAAUUCGUCAUCCAGAACAACUGGGGUUCUGCUUUGAUUCUGGAAGAUGACAUGGACUGGGACGUCAACGUGCGCAAACAAACACCACCAAUCGCAAAAGCCGUCCGCGAAUUGACAAAGGCGAAAAAGGGGGAUAAAGACCCGUAUGGAAAGAAUUGGGAUGUCAUGUGGAUGGGUCAUUGUAGUGAUCCACCGCCAUUCAAGGAUGAAGGCAAGAUCAUUACUUUUGCGGAUAACACUACAGCGCCGGUGGAGAAAUACCGCGGUUUGAAUCCCAGACUGAAGGAUGUGGUUAAGGAUGGACAGCGCAUUGUCCAUUACUCUAUCAACCCCGUCUGCACAUUCGCCUAUGCGGUUUCCUACCAAGGUGCUCGCAACCUGCUUGCUCACGCUUCUCUCGGCAAAGGAGGAGCUUUCGAUUUGAUGCUUAUGCAUGCCUGUCAAGACAAAGUGCUCAAAUGCGUCUCUGUCAACCCGGAAGUAUUUGAUCCCUACUUCCCUGCUGAGGGCGGUGCCAGUGAAGUCAGAGCUGGCGACGCAGGUGUGGACUUUGACCAUGAAGUUGGCAAGGCCAUGGGUCAUACAGACAAUACACUCAACAGCGCCCGUUGCUUUGCACAGUUUGGCAUGACGUGUUUGGAAUGA